CUCUAGUCCAGACGGUGGCAGCAGAGAGCGCUACAGACUACAGUCCGUCCAGCACCACAGAAGAAGUCAGGCAGCUGCUUGAUGCUGAUGGAAGCGCGCGCGCUCCGGGGAAAAGUAGCCCAAACUUAGAUCUAUCUGUCGGGAACAAAGCUCCGGCAGGAUCCGGGCGGCAGCGGGACGUGGACUCGGUCUACAUGGCUGCUCCGACCAUGCCGCAGCCCAGCUUCCUGCUGGCGAACCUCAAAGCGGACUCCACCACCAAACCUCUCCUCCAGCGGUGCCAGGACCUGGUGAAGAUCAUCGACGAGUAUCCCGCCAAGGAGCUGCACCUGAUCUUCCCCUGGCUGGUGGAAAGCGUGUUCGGCAGUCUGGACGGGGUCAUCAUGGGUUGGAGCUUACGCCUUCUUCACUCGCGAUGCAGCGAGUACAACAUCGUCUUAGAGUUCCUGAACCCCAGUGGCCCAAUGAUGAAGCUGGUGUAUAAACUUCAAGCAGAAGAAUACAAAUAUGAAGUUCCUGUCAACUAUCUGCCAGGUCCUGUGAGAGCCUGCAUUCAGGAGGGGGUCCUCCCAGACUGCCCGCUGUUCCACAACAAUCUACAGUUUCCUCCGUCUGGCGUCCUGACCCCCAACAUCGCCCUGAAUCCCUUUGAGUUCUUCGUGUUUAACUUUGCAUACUGCCUCAUCACGCCAAAGAAUUUUCCUCAAGGCCAUCAGGGAAGUUGCACGGACAGCGCCUACUUCGUGUUGGUGGACAUGUACCUGAAGUAUUUCCUCCCCAGUGAGGGAAGCGUGCCUCCGUCUGACUCCAGAGGCUCCGUCACCGCUCCCUCUCCACGACCCUCCAGCGUGUCCUUUGCCGGUUACGGCGUUCACAGCCCCAGUCUGCUGAAGCAUCACAUCUUCCAUCAGCCCUCGGUCAAUGCAGACCCUGCAGCCCAGGAGAUCUGGAGGUCAGAGACUCUGCUGCAGAUGUUCGUGGAGGUCUGGCUCCACCAUUACUCUCUGGAGAUGUACCAGAAGCUGCAGUCUCCACAGGUAAAGCUGGCGCUGCUGCAGUACCGCCUCAGUUUGUCCAGCAUGCCGAGCCAACCCCACGCCCCACCAGGCUCUGGGACCCUCCACACCUACCAAGAGCCCUUCAGCCCGUCAGAGGAGCUGGUUCUGGUGGUGCGUCUGCUGGUCAAGCAUCUGCACGCUUUCUCCAACAGCCUGAAGCCCGAGCAGGCGUCGUCCUCGCCCUCGGCCCACUCCCACGCUCACACCAGCCCGCUGGAGGAGUUCAAGAGGGUGGUGGUGCAGCGGUUCGUGCAGCAGAAGCUCUACCUGUUCCUGCAGCACUGCUUCGGUCACUGGCCUCUGGACGCCUCCUUCAGAGCGGUGUUGGAAACCUGGCUCAGCUUCAUCCAGCCGUGGAGAUACACUGGGGAGAAGAGCAACCCUCAGCCCGACCAGAACCGAACCAUUCCUGACAAAUGGGAGCCGUUUGUCCAGGAGAACCUCCUCAUGUACACCAGGCUCUUCCAGGGCUUCCUGAACAGAGCCGUCAGGAUGGACCUGGUCAACGCCAAAAACGCUCUGAUGGUGUUCAGAGUGGCCAAAGUGUUCUCGCAGCCCAACCUGUCGGAGAUGAUCCAGAGAGUGGAGCAGCUGUUUCUGGAGCCCGAGCACGUCCUCCACCACCGGCAGCCUCGCGGCUACUUGACGCCCAGCCAUGGAGGGAGCUUCCUGUCGUCACGGCAACGGGUGGUGACGGACAUGGUGUUCAAAGUGAAGAGCCACGUCUACGCGCUGGAAGGACAGGACUGUCAGUACACGCAGAUGUUCGGCACCGAGCUCAAAGCAGCCGUCAUGAAGCUGAUCCAGAUCAUCGCUCAAGCUCGACAGACGGCCAAGAGGAUAUCGGACCAGUCCAGUGAGAUGGCGGCCAGCGGCUCCUUCCUGUCCUGGUUCGGGUUCGGCUCCUUGGAUCCUGGCAGCCCGUUUGGAGGUGCGGAGGCCGAGGACAGCGGUGAAUGUCUGAGGAAAACCCACGAGUUCCUGGACAGAGCCCUGGAGAACCUCUGUCAGAUCUUCAAGCUGAACCAGAACCAGCUGACCCAGCUGAUGAGCUCCGUCAGCUCGUCCCAGGAUGAAGCUCAGAGCAGACAGCUGCCCGACUGCGUCCAGGAGGCGGGGGGGCUCGUCCUCACGGAGCUGGGCCGACAGCAGAUGAUGAACGGACUGCGCAGGUUUGACGUCCAGUACCAGGGAGACCCGGAGCUGCAGCCCAUCCGGAGCUAUGAGAACGCCCUGCUGGUCAGGCUGCUCUACAGACUCUCUGCUCUGCUCAACCAGAGGCUCAGCGGCUCUAUGAGCGCGUUGUGCUCCCGCCCCGACUUCCUGGGUCGCCUCGGCCGUCAUUACCUGACGGACCCGGACGCCGCCGGCCGGCUGAGGCAGAGCCCGAUGAGCCUGCGGGCGCUGGAGCGGCGCCGCCAGCCCAGGCUGAGCCUGCGGCCGCUGGCCUCUUACCGGACGCUGCUGCUGCUGCUGGCCGUCUACAUGCUGGGGGCUCUGCUGUCGCUGGGCCCCCUGUCCACCACGGCGCUGCUCCUCGCUGGGGGGUUCCUGUUCGGGGUGCUGAUGACGCUGUGUGGAGACAAACUCAAAACACACUGAACCCUGUUCUGGUCUGUGAAACGGAAACAGCUGCUUGUUGUUCAGCACAUUUGGAUUUUGGAGUCGAUCUUAGCGACACACGCUGCCCCCUGCUGGAGGAGCGCUGCACCUGAAAGUUCUGACUUUGUUUCACAACAAAUAAAGUUUCUCUUUUCCUCCAACCAACAAAGGCAGCCAGAAACAUGUAAAUGCACUGAGGGAAGAGAAAAUACAAUAAACCGUUUGCACUCGUUUGUAUUCUGUUUUAAGAGAA